CACCCACCAACACCACCACCACCUCCCCAACCAACACAACCACCACCUCACCCACCAACACCACCACCACCUCACCCACCAACACCCCCACCUCAAACUUAAACGAUACAGGAAUAUAUUACUAUAUGGAAGUCUCCGUGGACAUAUCUGGACAGACAAAAAAUGUAUCAGAGAUCAGAUCCUGGCUUUUUCAGCUGUUCAAAGAUUACUUGGGCAGCUGUGUGCCCUCUGGCAGCACACCCAGCAGUCCUUCCAAUGACCCCCCGAGAACAGAAGUGCCCAGUGAAAUGGGCCGAAGUGGUGUUCACCUUCUCCAGGGCCUCCAGGUGACAUGCCCAAAGACAACUGGAAUAAGGAGGGCCACGUGCUUCGUCAUAGUGGGGGUGAGCCCCACGGUGCCUCCCUGCUGCCUCCUCCGGACUCUGUGCCAGGCAGGGAACCCCUCCCAAAGCAUCAGUGGCACCGCACACACGGUGGAGAGGAUGAAGAGACUGCCACAACCCAAUAGCACCUCAGACUGCAGCGACGUCCCCGCAGUUAAGGGCUGCGAUGCCGUUUCGCCUCCAAGCAAAACCUGUGCAGACCCUUUGACUCUAUUCAUUCCUGCUUGGAAUUUGUCAAGCAACUGCAGUAAACCAACAGUUAGUUACCUGAUGCAGAUCAAUGUCAGCAUUUCUGGAGAAAAUAACAAUGAACAUGACGUCCGUUUAUGGCUUCAGGAGCUCUUUGAUGAUCACUCAGAUGGCUGUUUGACAACAGCGAUGACAACAGCGAUGACAAAUUUCACAAAAGCUAUCCCAAUCAACAUAUUCAAGAGUUUGGACAUUUCCUGCGAUGAGAAAACGGGAAUAAGGAAGACGUCAUGUGCCGUCCGGUUGGAAUUUUGGCACGCUGUCCAACCCUGCUGCCUCCUCCAGACUCUCUGCCGGGCAGGGAGCAACUCCCACAACAUCAGCGCAGCCGCACACACAGUGGACAGGAUAGGGAUACUGAAGCCAGCCAAUAGCAGCUCAGAGUGCAGCAGUGUCUCCAAUCCUUACCCAGAAUCCUGCAUGGCUACUCCUCCUCACAACGCAACAUGUAGAGACCCCUCUACUGUGUUCAGCUCUUUGACUGACCUCAACACCACAUGUCCAACAGAGGAACAAGUCAUAGGAACAGCCUGUAACUGCUCUGGGUUCUGCACUGGAAGAGAAAUUGAUGCAUACUAUGCUUUUAGAAUUUCAAUCACGGACAGAACACUAAACGUGUCCUACAUCUCUAAUCUGAUCUCUCAGCUGGGGACUCGUUCCCUUUGCACCCACGACUCUGGCUCAACAUGCCUGCCCGACAUCAGAACCUCAUACAAGGAUAAUGAAGUUGAAUGUGUACAAACAACUACGAGGCUUGAGUGCAAUUUGAUCAUCAGUUUCUCCCAAAAGCUUCCUACUUGUGCCAUCUCCGCAGCCUUGGAGAUGGCAUUCAGUUCCGAGGAGGGCAUCAGUUACAAUGGACAGCUGAGCAGAAUAGCACUAUGUGGGAACGCAAGGUACCAGGACAAUCCAAUAAACUCCAGCUGUGCCUGGGUUGAAUUUACCCAGAUGAGUCCCACCAUUUUCUGCCAGUUUUACCGACAUGAAUUCCCCUGUCAACAAGGAUCUAAUAUCUGUAUGCUCCAGGGGGAGCCAUGUACGUCCAGCCCCAACGCCACCACCACCAUCCCUCCCAUGAACACAACCUUGACCUCUAACCCCGCAAACACAACCUCUACCCCCCUGAACAUGACCUCUAACCCCAUGAACACGACCUCUAACCCUGUGAACAUGACCUCUAACCCUGUGAACAUGACCUCUAACCCCAUGAACACGACCUCUAACCCUGUGAACAUGACCUCUAACCCAGUGAACACAACCUCUAACCCCAUGAACAUGACCUCUAACCCCCUGAACAUGACCUCUAACCCAGUGAACACAACCUCUUACCCCAUGAACAUGACCUCUAACCCCAUGAACAUGACCUCUAACCCUGUGAACAUGACCUCUAACCCAGUGAACACAACCUCUAACCCCAUGAACAUGACCUCUAACCCCAUGAACAUGACCUCUAACCCUGUGAACAUGACCUCUAACCCUGUGAGCACGACCUCUUACCCUUUGAAGACGACCCCUAACCCCCUGAACACAACACUCCCUAUCCACCUGAAUACGACCUCUAGACCCGUGAACAUGACCUCUAACCCCCUGAACACAACACUCCCUAUCCACCUGAAUACGACCUCUAGCCAAGCUAGCACGACCAUCCUGCCCAUCAACACAACCUCGACCUCUAGCCCCGUGAACUCGACCUCUAGCCCAUCUAACACGACCUCUGGCCCCCUGAACACAACCUCUAACCUCGGCCCCAACAUCCCAGUGACAGCACAGCCGAAUGCGUCCCUGACCUCCACCACAAUGUACACCAAAAGUACAGCAACCACCAAUGGGACACUAACCACCGCCAUAGCAGGUACCGGUUCCCCGACAGAGCUUCCCACAACAGCCAUGAGCAACGAGGCCGCGGCCGGACUCCUGCUUCAGCAGACCGGAGACGUGUCCCGCCUAAACUCCAGCCAGGUGGAGCAGCUGGUGUCUGACCUGGAGGGCCUGGUGGCGGGGCCCCGGAUCAGCGUGGCUCUGGGGAACCUCUCUGUCCACAUCGUGAGCAACCUGCUGGGCGCAUCCGAGAGCACACUGGCCUCCUCCUCCAACCAGAUCGUGAGGAUUGUGGAUGCGGUGGGGCUGAAGCUGGUGUUCGAUGCAGAUGUGGAGGAGCUGCUGUCGGACUCCCUCGCUCUGUCCAUCAAAGCCGUCGACGGAGCCAACUUCAGGGAGACAACCUUCUCAAUCGCAGACCCACAAAACGUACUGGUGCGAGACGGCUCACGGAGCCGAAGGAGUGUGAGGGCCGCGGUCCCCCAGGGGUCCAUCCGGCUGCCCCCCAGCCUGACCCAGGCUCUGACCUCAGAGCAGCAGAGCCAGGCCUCCAGGGUCCAGUUCAACUUCUACCAGAAAGGCACUGUGUUUCAGGACCCUCACCUGGGAACCCGGAGGCUGAUCAGUGGCAUCCUGGGGGCCAGCGUGGCCAACCUGUCCAUCCACGGUCUGGAAGAGAACGUCACGGUGAACCUCAGGAACACAGAGCCUGUUCCGGAGAACUACUCUGCAAUCUGUGUUUUCUGGGACAUUGCCAUGAACAAUGGAACUGGAGGCUGGAACUCAGAUGGAUGUUUCCUUCAGAACAGCACAGACAGCGAGACCAUCUGCAGCUGCAACCAUCUCACCAGUUUUGCCAUACUGCUGGAUCUCGACAGGGAACCGAUCAUGGACCGCCUCCAGGCCAACAUCCUGACCUUCAUCACAUACAUUGGCUGUGGCCUGUCCGCAAUCUUCCUCUCCCUUACCCUCCUCACCUACCUGGCAUUCGAGAAGCUGCGUAAGGACAUGCCAUCCAAGAUCCUGAUCCAGCUGUGCCUGGCGCUGCUCCUGCUCAACCUGGUGUUCCUGGUGGACUCCUGGCUGUCGCUGUACCCCUCCGUCCCCGGCCUCUGCCUCUCCACCGCCUGGUUCCUGCACUACUUCCUGCUGGCGUCCUUCACCUGGAUGGGCCUGGAGGCGGUGCACAUGUACCUGGCGCUGGUCAAGGUGUUCAACACCUACGUGUCGCACUACAUGCUCAAGUUCUCGCUGGUGGGCUGGGGCGUGCCCAUGGUGGUGGUGGUCAUCGUGAUCGCUGUGGAUUCGGAGAACUACGGUCUGGUGACUUACGCCAAGUACCACGACGGCACGUCGGACGACUUCUGCUGGCUGCGGAACGACAUCGUGUUCUACGUGGCGGUGGUGGCCUACUUCUGCGUCAUCUUCCUCUUCAACUCCAUCAUGUUCGUGGUGGUCAUGGUGCAACUGGCCCGCAUCCUGCGGCAGAACCCGCACAGCGAGCAGCACCGUAGCUCACUGCAGGACGUGCGCCGCGUGGCUGGCGUCACCGUGCUCCUGGGCCUCACCUGGGGCUUCGCCUUCUUCUCCUGGGGGCCCGUCAACCUGGCCUUCAUGUACCUCUUCACCAUCUUCAACACACUCCAAGGCUUCUUCAUCUUCCUGUUCCACUGUAUGGUGAAGGAGAACGUGCGCCGUCAGUGGAGAACCUCCCUCUGCUGCGGAAAACUAAGACUGGCCGAGAACUCUGAUUGGAGUCGAACUGCCACGCAGAAGACGAAGAAGAAAUCGUCUGUUAGUGGAGUGACCUCUCUGAGCUCCUCUGAGUCCAACAAUUCCUCCUUCCUGGCCAGAGACUCCCCCGAGCUACCCAACGGCAUCGAAAGUCGACUCACUGACCGAGAGAUCACAGCAGACGAGGCACUCAAUUCAGACGCGAUCCUCAACGGGACGGACCACCCACACAACCUCUGAACACGGCUGCAGUCCGGAGCCAGUCGUCAUAACAAACAGACUUCAGGACGUCACCUCCAACUUGUUUUUGUGGUUACGGUUGUGGAGCUUGAAGACUGUCGUAUGGAUGCAGAAAAAAAACUAUAUACCCUAUACAUUUUAGAUAAAGGGGGAAUUUACACUGGGAAAUAUUUCCCAUGUCUCUGAUUGCACGCCAAAUAACCAUCAUCGUUGAUACAUUCACAAUCAAGGUGAACAAUCUCUACUGGUAUUUCUUCUUGGCUCGUGAUACCCUCUAUUGUCGAAGAGCACAAUGGCCAUUUCUUUGCGUUAGUAUUUGUGUUGAUUCUAAAGACAGAUCUAUAUUUAAAAAAAAAAUGCUAUAUAUAUUUAAUUCAUGGAGUACUGGUGUGGCGGUAUAUGAAUGUGAUGACACUUCAGACACACUGGUACUGCAGGCAUUUAUUUUCAUAUUACUUUGGACAAAAGCAGUCAACACCCUUCUCUACUUCAGGUGCAGUCGGCCACUGUUCAACAAACUGUAUAAAACCAUAUUUGUUGUUGAAUAAAUAAAUAUAACAAUGGA